ACUCAAUUUUGUUACGUGUUCACUACAUGGCAUUCCAAAGUCCUAAAACGCUCUUCCGGAUAGCAUUGUAGUGAUACAUGACACCUCGCUCUUGGCGAUACAGCCGAUCUCUAAACUUCUAAACAGCAAUAGCAACAGAUGAUAUCGACCAACCGAACUGACAGAUCCGUGUCAAAAGGAGUCAUCAUCAACGAACGAUUUCUUCGCGUGCCAGUUUGUAACGUUCUGCGGAAACUGCUGCAUUUGGGUUUCCAUCGAAAAUGGCAAAUGCAAACAAGAUGAGAACGCUUUCAAUAGUCAGGUGAUUCAAGCCAUCAUUAUUGUAUCCAAAGGUUGCCUUUAACGUUACGAAAAUGAGGUUACGAUUUCUCAAAAAGAACCUUCUCAUUAUCCUUGGUGUUUCUUUUAUUAUUGCCACUGUCAUGAUCACAACACGUGUCUUCAUUUCUGAUGAAGUCACGGGUGUUGUCGCUCAGGAAAACAUAUUGUCUGAUGACAUGGCAAAGUUUCAGUACAGUUCUAUUCCAGAAUUGAUAAAGUCCAUUUACAAUGCUAAUUACAAGCAAUACGUUCAGAAUGCGGACAAGUAUCCUGGGGAGCCUAAAUUGGUCCUGGUUAUUCAGGUUCACAACAGACCAGAGUACCUCAAAAUACUCAUCAAGUCAUUGGAAAAUGCCGCUGAGGUCCACAGUUUACUGUUGAUUUUCAGCCACGACUAUUUUUCAGAGGAAAUCAAUUACAUAGUGCAAGGGAUAACUUUCUGCAAGGUCUUGCAAAUAUACUUCCCCUACAGCACACAGCUCUAUCCCAGUGAGUUUCCUGGGCAGGAUUCACGGGACUGUCCACGAGACAUAUCCAAGGACGAUGCUUUAAAAACAGGAUGCCUCAACGCUGAGCAUCCAGAUUCGUAUGGCCACUAUAGGGAAGCCUCCAUCACACAGACCAAACACCACUGGUGGUGGAAACUUCACUUUGUGUGGGAGCGAGUGCAAGCUCUGCAAGGUUACAGUGGCUUUGUUGUCUUCCUCGAGGAGGAUAACUUCAUCUUGCCCGACCUCUACCACCUCUUCAAGGAGAUGGUUGGAUACAGGAAGAGCAGCUGCCCUGACUGUGACAUGUUGGCACUAGGCAACCACAACGGCCUGGCAGAAUUUGAUAAGCUCAGUAACAAGGUGCAAACUGCCGGGUGGAUGUCUACCAAGCACAACAUUGGCAUGGGCAUCUCCAGAGAGGUGUACUACAAGCUAAUGGGGUGCAACAAUGACUUCUGCUCCUACGAUGACUACAACUGGGACUGGACCCUCCAGCACCUGUCAGGGACUUGCAUCUCCAAGCCACUCAAAGUGCUGGUGGCACAGGGGUCCAGGGUUCUCCAUACUGGUAACUGUGGGCUGCACCAGAACAAGGAGGCCUGUCGCCCUGAGCUGGCCCUAAAGAAAGCACAGGAGUCCCUUAAGCUUGCCAAAGCCUCCCUCUUCCCUCAGUCCCUGGCACUAACAAACGCAGAUUCAGUGGAGCACAAGGCUCAUCUGAAAAACGGAGGGUGGGGUGAUAUCCGUGACCAUGUCCUUUGUAAUAACUAUGCCAAACGUCUAUGAACUAUGGACUUCUCAUUCUCUUUUUGAUGUACUGAGAGGAUUGAGGAAAUAAGUGCCAUUAAAAUGUUCAGGGUUCCAAAGGCUGCAGUGUGUUAUAUAUUUUUGUGUUUUUAAUGAGGUCUUCCAAGGGGUUAGCAAAACAUUUUGGGGGGUAUGUUAUGGUGUGUAUGUAGCAGUGUGAUUUAUAGCUUGGUUGUUAUUACUGUUAUUACUAAAAGUAACAUGAUUGCCAAAUAUAUUUCUUUCUUUUUCAAGACAGAUUAUACAAGCUGAUUCUUUUUGCUUUCUCUUUUUAUGUAACCGGGUUUGCUUUUUAUUUCUUAAAAAUUAAGACACAUUUUAGUUGAAGUUAAGUAAAGCAUUACAAUGUUAUAAUUUAUUAAAAAAACAACAUACAAUGUUUCAGCGCCAGCAGUUAAUUAUUAUGGUACACAUAAAUUACUUUACAUAGAAAACAAAACUGAAUCAGUGUUAUACAUCCUUGACUUCUAUUACAUGUCAGAUCAUUUCCAUUUGUAUACAUUCUUCAGAACAAAUAAGAGAGUUGAGCCUUUUGCCCAAAUGGGGUGACGCUUGUCCAGCUACAGAAUCCCUUACCCAUCCACUAUUAUAAUAGUUGUGCUUUAAAUGAUAUGUGGUGCAUGCAGUACAAAUAGAAAAACAACAGCAAAGUCAUUGAUUGAUAUGUAAUGCACACAGCUAUAGGUUAUAUUGUAUAUAGAAAGUGACAAUCAUGAAAUGUCUUGUUAUAUAUACAUGCCACUAAACCAAUGAUCACUUUGUACCUGACAAUUGGUUUUACUGGGGAAUUACUUACUGUACAUAACCUACAGUAUGACAUUUGUUUGACUGAAAUGUGUGGUUAAAACCCCCCCAAAUGUUUUACAUUGGAACAACAGGAAUUGACUGAUAUUGGUGGGUGUUUGAUUUGUCAUCAUUAUGACCUUACAAAGAUUACCUAUUUUUGCUUUAGCAAAUAUUUUCAUAGCCUUGAACGAUAUUCCUCUUCCCUCCCCCACACCCAAUUUGCCUAAAAGGGAAAUCUGUUUAUUUCCAUCUCCUAUGCCUUUGCAUUUGACAAUGCACCUGUUUUUUUUAAACCAGCUGACAUCCUUGGAUCUUUCUUAAAAUAUAGGUAUAAAUGUAACCUAAGGUGCAUUGAUGAGUUUCCCUUCAGUAGUGGAAAUGUGUAGAAUGCAGUUGCUUCUUUUAUUCUUAUUUUUUAUUAAUCAGUGCCUUGUAGACAUUCCCCUUUCUGCUGGUUAUACCAUGUGUAGUUUAAGAUCUCAUAUGCAAUAUACACUGAGUAUACCAAAAAAUUAGGAACACCUUCUUAAUAUUGAGUUCCCCCCCCCUUUUGGCCUCAGAACACUCUCAAUUUGUUGGUGCAUGGACUCUACAAGGUGUCGAAAGCGUUCCACAGGGAGGCUGGCCCAUGUUGACUCCAAUGCUUCCCACAGAUGUGUCAAGUUGGCUGAAUGUCCUUUGGGUGUUGGGCCAUUCUUGAUACACCCGGGAAACUGUUGUGUGAAACCCAGCAGCGUUGCAGUUCUUGACAACUGGUGCAGCUGGCACCUACUACCAUACCCCUUUCAAAGGCACUUAAAUAUUUUGUCUUGCCCAUUCUCCCCCUGAAUGGCACAUACACAAUCCAUGUCUCAAUUGUCUAAGGCUUAAAAAUACUUAUUUAACCUGUCUCCUCUCCUUCAUCUACAGUGAUUGACUUGGAUUUAACAAGUGACAUCAAUAAGUGAUCAUAGCUUUCUCCUGGAUUCACCUGGUCAGUCCAUGUAAAGAGCAUGUGUUGUUGAUGUUUUGUAUAAUCAUUGUAUAUUUAUAUGACAAAUGAAUGCUGAAUGCCAUUGAAUGGUUACUCCAAUGGUUAUUCCAAUCUGGCUUUAAAUUGCCAUGUACUCUUAUAAUCCACCUGGCACAGCCAGAAGAGGACUGGCCACCCCUCAGAGCCUGGUUCCUAUCUAGGUUUCAUACAUGGUUCCUGCCUUUCUAGGGAGUUUUUCCUAACUACCGUGCUUCUACAUCUCCAUUGUUUGCUGUUUGGGGUUUUAGGCUGGGGUUCUGUAUGGCACUGUGUGACAUCUGCUGAUGUAAAAAGAGCUUCAUAAAUACAUUUGAUUGAUA